AUGACUCGCCUACAAAUUCUACUAUUACUUGUAUCAGCUGUACUAGCGACUGUCCAUUCAAUAGACAAAGAAGAUUUAAAUACAAAAGCUCCUCCGAAGUCCGCUGCCAAGCUAAUCUACAGUGUUAUACAAAGAAAACGACCCCAUGUUCCUGAUGAAGAAAUCAAAGACGAAGAUGUUGGGAGGUACUUCCAGAGACCACCUAGGACAACAACAGUACCAUCAAUAUUUUCAAUGAAAGUUGAAAAUACAAAUCAACACGUGUACCCAAACGUGACAUCAUUAGACGGACAAAUCUACCCCAAACUAAACCAAACGAAUGCUGAAGAUACUGGUGUGUCCUCAAGGACGUCCAUUAUAAAAAUACCUACGGAACGAAUUGCCUUGAGAACAAAAAAUUUAAGCAGAAGAAUAUCAUUUCCAAAACGAUAUGCUCCUGCUGUGGCUCAACCACGUACAAAUUUCAACGAUCACCACCUAGAAGAACCAAAAGUCGAAACUGAAUCUACGUCAACAACCACUUCCACAAAGACAACUACAACAACAACGUCAACUACCCCGGAACCUGUGGUCCUUGAUACAACUGAAAAGGAACAAAUAAGAGAAGAAUCUGUUACAGAUACCAAAAAUUUUCAUUCCUUCCCUUCAAGAACAUUAGAAAUUUCUCAAGAUAUAAUGGCUGAAAACCAAAUUUCUGAAGAGUUGAGUGCUAUACAAAGGAAACGAACCCAAGUUCCUCAUGAAGAAAUCCAAGACAAAGAUGUUAGAAGGUACUUCCGGAGACUACCUCGGACAACAACCGUACCAUCAAUAUUUCCAAUGAAAGUUGAAAAUACAUAUCAACACGUGUACCCGAACGUGAGACCGUCAGACAAACAAAUCCACUCUAAACAAAACCAUACGAAUGCCGAUGACCCUCUUGUGUCUUCAAAGCCGUCCAUUAAAACUAUAUCUACAGAACCUGUUACCUUAAAAACUAAAAAAUUAAGCAGAAGAAUACCAUUUGCAAGAAGAUAUCAUCCUACUGUUGCUCAACCAAUUACAACCUUUAACGAUCAUCACCAAGAAGAAGACAAGGUCGAAACUGAAUCUACAUCAACAACUACUCUCACAAAGACAACUACAACAACAACAUCAACUACACCGGAACCUGUGGUCCUUGAUACAACUGAAAAGGAACAAAUAAGAGAAGAAUUUGUUGCAGAUUCCCAAAAUGUUGAUACUUUCCCCUUAAAGAAAUUAAAAAUUUCACAAGAGGCUGAUGUAAUGGCUGAAAUCCAAAAUUCUGAAAAGUUGACUGAACCCAAAGUUACUACAACCACAAGUGAACCCAUUUCUUCUACCAAUAAGAAAUUAGAAGAAACUGAAUUUGUCCCAACUUCUAUUGACCUUCCAAAUAUAAUAUCUCACAACCGAAGAAGACGACCACACUUUGCUAAAAAAGUACAUAUGCAACCUAUCACGGAAACAGUGACAGUUAAUGACAAUCUGUCCACUUCCGCACCUACAGUAUAUGCCACUACUGAAACGGAACAAGAAAAGAAAACAAUUCCUCCAUCUCCUGAGUCGGAUUUACCGUCAAUUAUAAUAAAACCAAAAUCACGUCGACGACUUUUGAACAGGGAUUCAAUGAAUAGAAGGUCACAAAAAUUUAGUUUGGAAGAGUUAAGAAGACAACAAACUGAUACAUCUCUAAAUGAACCACAUUCAACUUCAACACAAGGAAUUCCCUCAACUCUGAAUAUUGAAAAAUCAGCAUCACCUUUACCAAUGACUUCACCAAAACCACCACCAGUACCCACAUUAUCACCUUGGUACGAUGGUUUUGGUAAAUAA